AUGUUCAGACACGUGGUCAGCACCAUGAAGCUCUGGACAACUCUCCUCACAACAUUCCUGUGUGUGGUGCCGCUGUCCGUGCUGGCAGAAAUUAAGGAAAGACCGGGCAUAGGGGAUAAAAUACUCAUUGAGGAGUGCUGGGGAAAUCCAAACAUCGCUGAAUGUACCAGGAAGUGUUCUAAGUCGUUUAAGUGUGCAAGUGUAAAUUACACGUGCUGUUGGAGCUACUGUGGAAACAUCUGCUGGAAAGCUACAAUAGUCUAUGAAAGAUAG